AGUCAAUAUUACAUCGCAUCAACGUUCAGACUUCAGCCAGCGUACUUUGCACUGCAAAAUUAACCUGAACGUGUUUUUGUUCAUUGAUUGUAUUUUAUUACAUUUUUUACUAAUUAAAAGUAAAUAUUGUGAGGUUUGUGAGUUUGCAAGAUUAACUUGUAAAUGAUUAAUAUUGAAAAAGUGAAUUUUCCAUUCAUUUACAAUCAUCAGUGCUUAUUUCUCAAAACCGUAGUUUAACUAUUGUUUUACAAUUAAUUUUCUGAUUUAAAAAGGAUUUGAUCUUCAAUAUGUCUCUUCCAGAUUCGCUUGUGCCGGAAGUCAUCAUUUCUGGGGAGAAGCAGUUAUCUGAAAUGAACUAUUUCAUUGAUACUGUCAAGAAUAUGUUGAAUAUGGUGAAAGAAAGCAGCAAGCCAAAGGCACCAUCAGGUCCGGGUUAUGACUUAUUCCUCAAGUGCAGUCUCUGCUACCUAGGUGAGUCUUAUGAGAACGGCAGGAUAGACCUCUCUGAUGACGGCCGGGCUACUGUCAGGGACAUCGAAAAACAUCUCAGUAGCAAGGAGCACCAUACCCAUGUCAAUGAAAGGCGCAAACCUGGCUACAUUACUUGCAUGGUAUGUGACCAAGACAUUGAUCUAUCCUAUGACAAUUUCAUCUCCCAGAAUGUGAUAAUACCUCAUCUCAGAGAACUUGAUCAUGAGGCUAAUCAGUCCAAGGUGAAAAAUAACAUCAAGAACUAUGCUGAAGUGGAACCAGCCAGCUAUCAGCUGAUGCCUUCACAGAUGGGGGAAAUAGAGCAUGCCGUCAGCUCAUUGUCUAUGAAGGUAGGCAUUUUGGAAGAUCGUUUGCUGACUUCAUAAUUCAUCAGCAAGCCAUAGCAGAGGAGAUGAGGAUGAAUGAA